CUCCGUCCUCUGCCCACCGGACGAGCUUUACUGGAAGAGGAACUUAUAGAAGCGAGUUCAGCGGACUGGAGCUCUAUAAAAAAACAAGAAAAUGGGCUACGAAUAUGGGAAAAACAGGACUGAGCACCCGGAGCCUUUAAAAGCAGAGGUUAAAGGCUCCCUUCCCGACUGGCUGCAGGGCACUCUUAUCAGAAAUGGCCCUGGGCUCUUUUCAGUUGGAGAAACUUCUUACAACCAUUGGUUUGAUGGAAUGGCUCUUAUGCACAGCUUCACUAUCAAAAAUGGAGAGGUCAGGUACAGAAGCAGAUUUCUCAGAGGUGACACCUACAACAGCAACAUGCAGGCCAAUAGGAUAGUAGUAUCAGAGAUGGGGACAAUGGCCUAUCCGGACCCAUCUAAAAACAUAUUCUCCAAAGUGAUCACCUUUCUUAACCACACCGUUCCAGACUUUACAGACAACUGUGCUGGGAACAUCAUUAAAUAUGGAAAUGACUAUUACGCCACAUCUGAGACCAACUACAUUCGCAAAAUUGACCCUAUGACCUUGGAGACACAAGACAAGGUGGACUACCAGAAGUACCUUGCAGUGAACCUUGUCACGUCACACCCACAUUAUGAUAAAGAAGGAAGCAGCUACAACAUGGGAACCUCCAUAGCAGACAAGGGCAAGACAAAGUACGUGCUAUUCAAGGUUCCUGCAGCGGGAAGAAGCGGCUCAGAAGCUUCUCCAGCCCUGAAAAACGUUGAGACCAUCUGCACUGUUCCCUGCCGCACUCUCCUCACCCCGAGUUAUUACCACAGCUUCGGCAUGACCGACAACUACUUCAUCUUCAUCGAGCAGCCCCUGAAGCUGGACAUCCUUAAAAUGGCCACAGCCUACCUGAGAGGGGUCAACUGGGCCAGCUGCUUGAAAUUCCACCCCGAGGAUGAUACCCUGAUUCACCUGAUUGAUCGAAAGACAAAAAAGGAAGUUGCUGUGAAGUACUUCACCGGUGCUACAGUGAUAUAUCAUCACGUCAAUGCUUUUGAGGAGGAUGGUCAUGUGGUGUUUGAUGUCAUCGCCUAUGAAGACAACAGCCUUUACGACAUGUUUUACCUGGACAAGCUAAAGGAUAAAGAAGCAAAGGAAGCCGCAAACAAAAAGUUCAGCAAACCUAAGUGCAAACGGUUUGUGCUGCCACUUACUGACAAGGGUGAGAUGGGAGAAGACCUGGUGAAGCUGAAAUACACAAAAGCAAGUGCCGUGAAGGAGAAGGAGGGGAAGCUGCUGUGCCAGCCGGAGGUGCUCACUGAAGGUGUGGAACUUCCCAGAAUCAACUACAACUACAAUGGACAGAAGUACAGAUAUGUUUAUCUGACUGUUGCAGAGACGACUGAAUCUACAUCGAUCACGAAGCUGGAUGUGGAGACAAAGCAGCAGCUGGAGUGGACUGCAGAGAACUGCUAUCCCUCUGAACCUGUGUUCAUUACCAGGCCGGGAGCAACUGAGGAGGAUGAUGGUGUAAUUCUAACAUCAGUUAUAAACAGCAACCCGGGUCAGUCUGACUUUCUCCUGGUGCUUGAUGGGAAGUCCUUUAAAGAACUGGCGAGAGUACACGUGGAGGCAGAGCUGCACUUAGACAUGCACGGAUUCUUCAUCUCACAGAGCGACUAAACCUCAGACCUGAAGGAGGAGCUGCUGUCUGUGGAAGACUUGACCGCUUAAAUGGGACGAGACCAAAAACUCUGAUAUACUGUUUACAGUUUACAGCAACCCUAAAACCCCUGUGGCCACAUCUGCAGGAGACUGACCAGUUAACACUUAUGUUGCUGUUUCAUUGUAUUUUCAUAUUUAGCCUUUUUUUUACGCUCUUUAGACAAAAUUAUUGGGACCUUUGUUUAUUAUCUUAUUUCUUCUAAAAUCUAAAAAAAAGACUGGUUUGAGAUGUGAUUAAUGCAAGGUGACACAAAAUCAAGUGCAAGAAAAUAAUGCAUGUGAUUGAUAUUUUAUCCAGCAAAACUAACUAUCUGAUAUUUUAUAUUUUACCUCUAAAUUAAUUCAUAAUUCAUAAUUAAUUCAUGUCAUUUUAUGUACUGUACAAAAUGUGUAAAUUAGAAAUGUUGAGGUGUGUGUGUGUGUGUGUUUGUGUGUGUGUUUGUGUGUGUAUGGUGUCCCAAAAAGAGAAAUAUAAGAUUUCUCUUUUUUUUUAAGUAAUCUAUGUGUUUAAAUCAAAAUGCAAAUUUGUAUUUGUAAGAAAAUAAUACAUACAUUUUGAUUUUG